AAUCAAAACAACGUGCUUACAUCUUAAUUUUGAAAUAAAAGUUGAUAGUAAUUAAAAAUAAAAAUACAACAAUAUUAUUGAUAAUGAAUGAAAAUGAUUUGAAACCGUUUGCAGAGUUAGGUGUAAAAGAGUGGCUUAUUAAACAGCUUUUUAACCUUGGUAUUCGGAACCCUACUCCUAUCCAAAAAGGUUGCAUAUCAAAAAUUCUUGAAGGGCAUGAUUGCAUAGGAGCAGCAAAAACUGGUUCUGGAAAAACUUUUGCAUUUGCUCUUCCAAUUCUUCAAAACUUAGCUGAGGAUCCUUAUGGAAUAUUUGCUUUGGUUCUUACACCGACACAUGAACUGGCUUAUCAGAUAGCCGAUCAAUUUCAAAUUUUAGGACAGCCAUUGAAACUAAGAGUAUGCAUAGUGACCGGUGGAUCAGACCAAUUAGAGGAAUCAUUGAAGUUGUCAAAACGACCGCACAUAGUGGUGGCCAUGCCUGGUCGAUUAGCAGAUCACGUCAGUGGCUGUGACACUUUUAGUUUAAAGAAAAUCAAAUAUUUGGUAUUGGAUGAAGCUGAUAGGCUUUUCAGUGAAUCAUUCGAAGGGGACCUUGAGACAAUAUUUGCUGCUUUACCUACAAACAGACAGAACUUACUAUUCUCUGCCACAAUCACAGAUGACGUUAAGGAAUCUAAACUUCUUCCACUAAAUAAAGAAAAACUCAUAACAUGGUCGGAGAGUGACCCACAGCUAACAGUGUCCACGUUAGAUCAGCGAUAUGUCGUGUGUCCAGCGUAUGCUCGGGAUGUGUACUUAGUGCAGACUCUGAGGAAAUACAGGGAGACAAAGCCUAGUUCACACAUUAUUGUGUUUACAGAUACUAAGAAAGAAUGUCAAGUGCUGUCGAUGAUGUUGAAUGCCAUAGGAAUGGACAAUGUGUGUCUGCAUGGAUUCAUGCGACAGAAGGAGCGCGUGUCUGCACUCACGCAGUUCCGUAGCAACCUCAAGUGUACACUGAUAGCUACCAACGUAGCAGCCAGGGGACUUGACAUACCUUCAGUCGACUUGGUUGUAAACCAUAAAUUACCGUUGGAGCCCAAGGAGUAUAUUCACAGAGUGGGGAGAACAGCUCGAGCUGGACGCAGUGGUAUGGCAAUCUCCUUAAUAACACCAUACGAUAUACUGCGGCUCGGGGAGAUCGAAGAUCAGAUCAAAACUAAACUCACCGAAUACAAGAUUGACGACGACGAAGCAGUGAAAGUGUUCACGACGGUCAGCGUGACGCGCCGCGAGCAGGAGGCGCAGCUCGACAACGAGGAGUUCGAGCAGAGGAAGCGGAACUACAAGAUCAAGCGCUGGAUCAUGGCGGGCGUCGACCCGGACGCUAUGGAGGCUGGAUUGGAAGAAAUGCGCAGAAAACGUAUAAAGGCAGCGAAAAAAGCCAAACUGGCUAAAAUAAAAGAUAUCCAGGCACAAAUUAAGUCUGCGGAAACAGGAGACAACGAUACCAAUCGCCUUCAACCGAGCGAGUCCGAGGACAUCGAUGUGACGAUCAAGAACGGUUUGAAAAAAGUUAAUAAAAGUCUCAUGAAGAAAGACGAAAGGUUCAAGGACGUUAUUGGAAAAGUCAGCAAGAUUAAGCGUAAAGCGGAAAACAUUAAAUCAAAACAGAACAGCAAAGAAGAGCAUAAGUCAAAUACGAAGAAGAAAAAAAUAAGUAAAUAAUAAACGUUAGUUAUGAGACCGCA